AACAGAACAGCGUGCGCCCUUCAUCCUUUAAAUGGUCCUGCGGGAAAUGUGCUGACCAGAGCAGACCAGAAGGAGACAGCAACAGCAGCUUCCCCUUAAAGUACAGGAAGACCUUCCCCAUCUCCACCAGAACUACCCGUAGGAUGGAUCCCAUCAGGCGCAGAGAGUCGGUUUGCAGGAGUUUGUUUGGCCCGGUGGACCACGAGCAGCUGCGCCGGGACUUGACGCGGAAGCUGCAGGAGAUCAGUGAGCAGGACAGCCGCCGCUGGAACUUCAACUUCCAGACUGAAACGCCGCUGUGUGGCCGCUUUCAGUGGGAGGAAAUACCCGCACACUGCGCUGCUGCUAUGUAUCAGGACGAUGUCUGCGAGGAAGACGACAGGCUGAGUAAAGAAGAAGUAGAAGAAGAAGAAGAAGAAGAAGGCGCAGCCGGGAUCGACCAGGAGAACUGCUCCAGCAUCUCCAACACACACAAGUGUCCCGCUGAAGUGACGCCCGUCCGCAGGAAGAGGACGCUCUCCAAACCGGCCGCCAAGAACAGAAGCAAUAACGCCCGAAUUACAGAUUUUUUCCCAAAGAGAAGGAAGACUACAGAAACCAAGAGCACCCAGAAUCCUUUCCACACAAGUUCCAAUGAAGCAGCUCUGUGCAAAACGAUAAGGUGAACAUCGUGCUGACAGUGGACUAAUACUAUUUAUGUUUUAUGGACUGGACCCAGGCCCAUUCACUGCACCAAAGGAUGUCUUUAUUACAUGUUAUUUUAUUACACUUUAUUCUAUUGCCAUUUGUAGUAUUAGUGAGUUAAAUUAUACCACUUUCUGUUAUUUAUUCUAUUUAUAGACUUUUAUUUAAUGUCUUUGCAUUUCUUUUCAAUUUCAAUUCAAUUCAGUUUUAUUUAUACAGCGCCAAAUCACAACAACGGUUGUCUCACUGUGCUGUUCAUAAAAGAGCAGGGCUAGACCGUACUCUAGACACUUCCUCCCUCUUUAGCAGUGAUAAGUUGCUGAAACAAAUAUGUUUGUUUAUAGAUGUGUUUUUUCUCUUCUCAUUUUCAUCUCUUUGUUAUGGAGCAUUUGAAAGACUUGAUUUUAAUUGAAUUUUGUUUCUGUGUGUCUUUUGCAAUCUUGUUGGUGGAUUUCUGCAAUACGAGUUGCUUCGGUUAACUAUAUAAAAAGCACUGUUUUGUCCUUGUCAUGUUUGCCUAAAUUAACUGAGACUGUAAAUGCCUACAAAUAUUGUAAUUUUAAUAAACUGCUUUAUCAGUGA